GUCGCAUUUAUCAAGCGUUGCGCAGCCGCGCGCUGGAUCUGCUGGGCGUUUGUGCUGAUGGCGAGGUGAAAUCAGGGGACUUGAUUGACACUGAUUGAAUAAAUGAAACCCAACAUCAUCUUCCCCACUGAUUCAAGAUCAACGUAUUUCAUCUAGUCCUCAUUUCCUUGGUUGUGAUUGGCUCGUCUCCUCCCCUUCCUCCGUUCUCAUUGGCUGUCUGAGAUUACGUCCUGUGUUAGUCUGCCAGUCACAGUAAAGCAAGCGAGAACAUGGAGCCCAUUUACGCCACAGGAAUGGCAGCAAAGCUGAGGAGUCAGUGGGACCGGGGCGCAGGUUUGGGACAGAACCACAACGCUGUGAAGUACUUGGGCCAGGAUUACGGCUCGCUCAGGGCCCAAUGCCAAAAGACCAGGACCCUGUUUGAGGACCCUCUGUUCCCAGCCAGCACCUCUUCUCUGGGAUUAGAUGAGUUGGGUUCAGAAUCCUACAAGAUGUAUGGUGUGCGGUGGAUGAGACCGACGGAGAUUUGUGAGUGUCCUCAGUUCAUCAUCGAUGGAGCAACUCGUACUGACAUCUGUCAGGGAGCUCUGGGGGACUGCUGGUUGCUGGCGGCCAUCGCGUCUCUGACUCUAAACGAUGAGCUCCUGCACCGCGUGGUCCCACACGGACAGAGCUUCGACGCCGGAUACACUGGGAUAUUUCACUUUCAGUUCUGGCAGUUCGGCGGGUGGGUGGAGGUGGUGAUUGACGACCGGUUGCCCGUGAAGGACGGGAAGCUGUUGUUCGUUCACUCGGCCGAGGGAGGAGAGUUCUGGAGCGCUCUGCUGGAGAAGGCCUACGCCAAGUUGAACGGCUGUUACGAGGCUCUGUCGGGCGGCAGCACGUGUGAGGGCUUUGAGGAUUUCACAGGAGGAGUCUCAGAGGUGUACGAGUUAAAGAAAGCUCCCGCUGACCUCUUCAGCAUCAUCGGCCGAGCCAUCGAGAGAGGAUCGCUGCUGGGCUGCUCCAUAGAUAUCUCCAGUGAGUUUGACAUGGAGGCGGUGACCUUCAAGAAGCUGGUCAAAGGUCACGCGUACUCAGUGACCGGAGCAGAAGAGGUGUUGUACAGAGGGAUCAGGACUAAACUGGUGCGCAUCAGGAACCCGUGGGGUGAGGUGGAGUGGACGGGAGCCUGGAGUGACCACUCUCAGGAAUGGGAGCGCAUAGACGGCACGACACGGGGCAGAUUACAUAACCGCAGCGAGGACGGAGAGUUCUGGAUGUCGUUCAUAGAUUUCCUGCAUGAGUUCAGUCGGUUGGAGAUCUGUAACCUGACGGCCGACGCCAUCGCUGCGAGUCAUCUGAAGAAGUGGAGCACGUCGCUGUAUCACGGCGAGUGGAGGAGAGGAAGCACGGCUGGCGGAUGCAGGAACUUCCCAGCCACGUUCUGGAUCAACCCUCAGUUCAAGGUGACCCUCAAACACCCAGACUGUCCCGGCCAGUCGGCGUGCAGCUUCCUGGUGGCGCUGAUGCAGAAGGACCGCAGGAAGAAGCGGAGAGAAGGACAGGACAUGGAGACCAUCGGAUUCGCCAUUUAUGAGGUGCCAAGAGAGUUCGUGGGUAAGUCCGGUGUUCAUCUGAAGCAGGAUUUCUUCCUGACUCACGCGUCCAGCGCUCGCUCCGAGCUCUUCAUUAACCUGCGCGAGGUGAGCUCACGCUUCCAGCUGCCUGCCGGCGAGUACAUCAUCGUACCCUCCACAUACGAGCCGCAGAAAGAGGCCGACUUCGUGCUCAGAGUGUUCUCGGAGAAACCCGCCAACUCCGAAGAAAUGGAUGAUAAAGUCACGGCUGAUAUUCCUGAAGAGCAACGUCUGGACGAGAGUCAUAUUGACGCCGGGUUUAAGAGUCUCUUCCUACAGCUGGCCGGAGAGGACAUGGAGAUCAGCACAACGGAGCUGCAGACCAUCCUGAACCGAAUCAUCAGCAAACAUAAAGAUCUGAAGACGGAUGGGUUUUGUAAGGAGUCGUGCCGCAGCAUGGUCAACCUCAUGGACACGGACGGCAACGGGAAGCUGGGACUCGUGGAGUUUCACGUGCUGUGGGAAAAGAUCAAACACUACCUGCAAAUCUUCAGAGAGCAUGACGUGGAUAAGUCUGGCACUAUGAGCUCUUAUGAGAUGAGAAAAGCUCUGGACGCAGCAGGUUUUAAGCUGAACAAUCAAUUAUUCCAGCUGAUCAUCCUUCGGUACUCGGAGGAAGAUCUGUGUGUGGAUUUCGACAACUUUGUCACCUGUUUAGUGCGACUGGAGACCAUGUUCAAGACCUUCAAGACGCUGGACACAGACGCUGAUGGAUUCAUAUCGCUCACCUUCUUUCAGUGGAUCUCUCUGACCAUGUUUGUCUGAAGUGGACAGGUUUUCUCCGUUUGUCUGAACUGAGACAGUCUUGGCUUCAGCAGUCCUGCCAUCUGAAGAGUGCCUUCAUUUUUACACUUCUGUAAUGUAUUCCUGAGGGUUAAACAGCCUUGAUAAAGCAACCCUGUUUACACUGUGCCAAACGCAUCUCUAAAGCCAAGAGAAAACCAUUUGCAGUACGCCUUAGCAUUUCUGGAUCAAGCUGCAUGUAAACUCGUUUACACUUUCUGUGCCUGUUUCAAUCAUUCUUUAUUUUGUUCCUUCAAUAUUUCAUGUUCAUGAGCUGUGUCUCUUUCAGUGAAUGUCUUAUUUGAAUGUUGUAGGAAUAAGGAACGCUGUAUUAGAAGAGCAUGUAGAUCGAACCCAGCUUGACUUAAUGCAUGUGAUUUGGGUCGGACUGAAUCUCAUGCAUGCAGCUGUUUUAUGAGACCAACUUUUUAAGAUGAACUGAAAAACUUUAGGAUCUUUUAACAAAUUCAUAAAAAUCCCAUGCAUUCCUUUAGUUCUGUUUGCAUGAGCAAUGCAAAGCAUCCAUUCAGUAAAAUUUGGACAGGAGCAACAGAACUGGGAACAGACUCAAUCAUAUUUUCAUACGCAGAACCAAGAGAUUUGACAAGAUGGCACUUUUCUUUAAAAGUAAUUAUGUAUAUGUAAAGGAUGUUAUAUAUUUUCUCAAUCCCAAGCAGAAAGCUUUACAAGAUGUUUGAUUAAUUUGUGUGGGUUUUAAAUGAAAAUAAAUUUCAAUAAAGUA